AUGAUGUUGGACCAAUUCUUCAUUGCUGUGAUGGGCAAUAAAGUGAUCCGUCGCAUCAUCUUUAGUCAGGUCAAGAUCAUUCACAACAAGCUCGCGGAAAGAACAAAGUGCUACACAUGGAUGGAGGUCAUGAGCUCACCAAUGUUGUUGGCACUCUUUGGUCAACAUGAGUUUCUAAAGGAAUCACUAUCAACAAUUGAGGCAAAGUAUAAUAAUAAUGGCUUAAUAAGUUUAUUAGUGAUCAAUAAUGGCGCCCCAUUCGUCCCCAAUCUCAACCAGGUGAUGCGAGGCGCAGUCAUUGGAGGACACCUUCAAAUCAUUGAGUGGGCACAUCAACGAUACUUUGCCAAUCACCAUCUAGGCGGGAUGUUCUAUAAGUUGGCCGACGAAGCAGUGGUGCAUGAUCAUGUGGACAUCGUGCGCUUCUUUGGACAACACUGGCAACUGAUGGCAUUCUAUCAGUUCCCAUGCGAAGUCAACAAGAUAUCGAGUGAGGCAAUGCUGCACACACUCAUUGAAGAGGUGUUCCAGUUGACACUGCCCUACCAAGGUGUCGAUCAUAUACCUGAACAUAUGACGCUGCUGCUCAAUAUGGACAAUGUCAACUGUGAAGGCUUGCUCUUGAGUCUGUGUUAUUGGUGCAGUCAUAACUUGGACAUGAUCAAGUACCUGCAUGCGAAUAGUCUCCCCCUGGGAAUACAUCUCAUUGAUGACAUGGCCAGACAUGGAAGCCUGGAGGGCGUGAAGUUCAUUCUCAAGAAUCAGACCGCAUCAUAUAUCACAACAGAGACGAUGAACUCUGCUGCCGCGGGUGGCCAUCUCGAUGUCGUGCGCUAUCUACACGAGACGCGAACUGAAGGAUGUACCACACAAGCGAUCGACUCUGCUGCGUCAGGUGGCCAUCUUCAUGUCGUUCAAUAUCUUCACGAGACGCGAACUGAAGGAUUUACCCAUGAGGCGAUGGAAUUGGCAGGGCUGGGCGGCCACACUCCUGUAUUAGAGUAUCUUAACAAUGCA